GUUGUUUUUUUGUAAUCAAGCGCAAAGUUGCGCGAAGUGGGGGGGCAAGCGCGCUCGGGCGCAGACAUGGAGCUCAGAGGGCUGGCCGCGUCCGCGCUGGCUCCGAGUAGGAAGGCGGCUCUGGUGAUCGGGGGCGCAGGGGUCGCCCUCCUCGGCCUCGGUCUGGGACUGAAGUACUUGAGACGCCCGGCGAAAGCGAGCCGCGUCGGCGUGGUGUCCCAGCUCCUGGUGCACCCCCUGAAGUCGGGCAAAGCGCUGUCCGUGGCCCUGGCGCACUUGGAGCCGACGAGCGUGACGUACGGCCACCUUAAGGAUCGAAACUGGCUGGUGAUCACAGAGGACGGCCACAUGGUGACGGGCAGACAGCAGCCCCGCUUGGUGCUGGUGUCUCUGACCUGUGCAGGAGACCAGCUGUGUCUGAACGGGCCCGACAUGGAAGAGCUCCGGUUCCCCCUCCACCAGCCCGACAACGCCGUCAUCGACUGCAGAGUGUUCAGCGCAGACAUUCAAGGCCGGGACUGCGGGGACGACGCCUCCCGCUGGCUCACUCGAUAUCUGGGGGCAGAGAAAACCUUUCGCCUGGUGCACUUUGAGCCUCAGAUGAAGCCGAGGAGAGCAACAGAGAUCGAGCCGCGGUUCCCACAGUAUGAGAAGGUGGCGUACCACGAUGUCGGCCCAGUCAUGCUGCUGUCUGAGGCGUCUGUGGGGCAUCUGGGUGGUAAGUUGGGGAAGGACCUGACGGUGGAACGCUUCCGCCCCAACAUCGUCGUAAGUGACUGUGAAGCGUUUGCAGAGGAUUCUUGGGAAGAGAUUCAGAUUGGCGACGUGUGCAUGCAGCGUGUUAUGUCAUGCGGGAGGUGCAUUUUUACCACAGUUGACCCUGAAACCGGUAUCAUUGAUAGGAAAGAGCCUCUGGAAACACUGAAAAGCUAUCGUCUCUGCGACCCAUCGGAGAAGCACAUAUAUAAGUCGGCGCCGUUGUUUGGACAAAUGUACACUGUCAAGAAGACGGGAGCCCUUCGGGUCGGCGAUGUGGUGUACAAGAUCAGCCGCUGAGAGGGCACAACCAUCCCUGCAGCUUUCACCGUCAACAUUUGCUCAGCACAAUUAAGGUUUUUUUUUGUUUUUUUUUGCUGGUGGCAAAAUCACUUUAUUAUAGAUGCCACUGUUCACACAUAAUAAUUAAAGGAGGAAUAAUAAAGGCAUUAUAACAG